CUGGACCGUUCCCCACGACAACGUGUCAGGUUGCUAAGUUAGCUAGUACGCUAGCUGCACUUAGCUGACCAAAUGAUGUGGCUCGAAGAAGAAGAUGCCACUUUGCGACGUGCCAGCGAUAAGACUGUUAGCUGGAGGAGAUGAAUCGACUAUGUCAAAAAUUGUAAAGACAGCUACGUACUCGGACGACAGGCAAACAACGCCCGUGCCAUGGCAGCAGGUGUCAGCAUACUGAGUGACCUGCCUAACUCCAUCGGUGGAGCCUGCAGUGGAGAGACCAGCACAGAGAUGGAAGCAGCCAAUACAAGGGUCCCUACUGCAAAGUACACCAAGAUGGGUGAGACCCUGAGGCAUGUCAUCCCCGGUCACAUGCAGUGCUCCAUGGCCUGUGGAGGGAAAGCCUGCAAAUAUGAGAACCCCUCUCGCUGGAGUGAUGAGGAGCAAGCCAUCAAGGGACUCUACUCAUCCUGGAUUACUGACAACUUGCUAGCUAUGGCAAGGCCUUCCACUGAGAUCAUAGAGAAAUAUAACAUAAUUGAACAAUUUCAAAGGUGUGGUUUGAAAACCGUUAUUAACCUGCAGCGACCUGGGGAACAUGCCAGCUGUGGAAACCCACUGGAGCAAGAGAGCGGCUUCACUUACCGACCUGAAACUUUCAUGGAGGCAGGCAUAUAUUAUUACAAUUUUGGAUGGAAAGAUUAUGGUGUGGCAUCUCUGACUACAAUCCUUGACAUGGUAAAAGUCAUGUCAUUUGCUGUCCAAGAAGGGAAGAUGGCUGUCCACUGCCAUGCUGGCCUUGGAAGAACAGGUGUGUUGUUGGCUUGUUAUUUGGUCUUUACAACUCGUAUGAACGCUGACCAAGCCAUCCUGUUUGUGCGAGCCAAAAGACCCAACUCCAUCCAAACCAGAGGCCAGCUUCUCUGUGUCAGGGAGUUUGCCCAGUUCCUGGUUCCUCUUCGAAGUGUCUUCUCCUGCGCUGAACCCAAAGCAGGUGCCGUUACUUUGUCCCAGUAUCUCACCCGUCAACGACACCUGCUACAUGGCUACGAGGCUCGGCAGAUGAAGAACGUGCCAAAGAUUGUCCAGCUGGUGUGCAGGCUGCUAAUUGACAUCGCAGCCAACAGACAGGUGGUGAUUGAGGAGGAAUGGUUGGAGAUUCCCGACCUCACGGCUGAGGUAGAGAAGACGGUGUCCCAGCAGGCCCUUCAACAGCUUGGGAAGGAAAUGAAAGGGAAAGGGAUUCCCCUUCUAUGUAGUUCAUCCCAUCCUCUUAGUCCAGCACUGAUACAGCCUAGACUUGCUAAUGAUCAGCCUCUAAUUAGUGACAAUGAGCUUGACCCCUUUUGGAGGCAGCAGAAUGGAGAGAGCCCCCAGAGAUCUUCUCUGUGCGAAAACAGGAGCUACAGUGAUUCUGUUCUUCACAAGCUGGGGCAACGCCAGCAUCAUUUAGGAAAUCUGAAGAACAACCAACCAAUCAACUGCCUGAUGAAACAUUCCUUGUCUCACAGCAGCCUUACUGCCUGUAACCCUUCCAGAUUUUGCAACCUCUCUACUCAGAACAUUUUUAAGAACAAUCAGAACUCCAGUACAGAAACAAAGGAAGACCUUGGAUCUCCCAUUUUAAAAAGACCGCUCCGUGAAGGCCAUCAGAGUUUGCCUUUAGAUUUCUCUGAGGACAGUAGAAGAUCCCACUGUAAUGCCACACUGCCUGCCUUAGCAGUCAAGAGCAAACUGGUAGCUGGUAAGGAGAAUGUGUCAAUGGGUGGAAGUGCAGGUGACUUCUCAGAGGUUCCUUUUAUCACCCUCCAGUCUGAGUUCUCACCAGAGAGCAGGUGCCUCAUGGUGGCAAAAGCUCUGGCCCUGGAACUGACAGACAAGGAUCUCACCUCCAAGGUGUCAGUGUGGCAGAUGGAGCUGAACUCCAGAGAGGGAACAUGGGAGAGGCUGUGCAAGGAGAGAGACCCUCUGGUCCUAUCUAGUCUGAUGUGGUCGUGGGUGGAGCAGCUUAAGGAUCCAGUCAUCAGCAGUGAGGAUAUAAAAGCCCUCACUGAAAGGAAUGUAAACCCACAGAAAGCCCUCGAUUCACUGGAAAAGGGUCACCGGCUCACUUUGCUGUGCAUCCUCGACUGUGCUGCUCAUCUCCUGCCAGUGCCUAAAGAAUUGGAGACCAGUUUUCUUAACCAAACCAUUAAAGUGUUUACUAAGAUGGACCCUGCCUCAGAGGAGAACGAGUCUCUGUAUGCAACACUGAAAGCAAUCCUGACUCCCAUUCUUCACGAGCUGCAUGACAAAGCUGUUCAGGAGAAUGAAGCCUCCUGAUUGGCAUUGCCCCAAUCAGCCUGCCGAGAAGAAGACUCCCAAACGAGGUUCCACUUUUAUUUGUGGGCAUUACUGCAUUAGAAGCCACCUCUUGCACCCGACGCUGCUGAGAUCUGCCAGUCCUGUAGUGUUUAAAGCUAAGUGUUUUUUCAUUCUGUUUCCUUUGAAGCUUGUAAUUGACUCUGAGUACUGCUACUCUGUGUUAAUGUGCCACUGUGCUCACUCUGAACUUUUUGUUGGUUACCUGUUCUUUGUCUGAGACUAGAUCUUGCUUUAUUAUCUAACUCAUAGCUGUUAGGGACAUGAUGAAGAAACAUUUCAUUACGUGAAUGUAAUGUUAUUUAAAUGUGUGACUCAGCUCUCUGGGUUCUUGGUGGGGAGGGGUUAUUUAAACCAAAAUAUGUUUUACACUGUGCACAUGCUGCAAUGUGUCUUAUUUAUUCAGAUGUUCUUUUUUGAAAUGCACAAGUCGAUAGAAUUGCUAUAACCUGAUAAGUUGCUUUGUUGCUGUAGAAUGUAAGGCGUUCUCUUAGUGUUAAACUGUGGCUGUUACAGCAGUGCAAACUCACCAGGCCACAGUGCGUUUUCUUCUUCAAUCAAUUUUAUGUACUUAAUACUGUUUACCAAAAAAAUCCUCCGUGUAUUGUGUCAUUCAUUCAUUUGUAAAACAUCAAUCUGCCUCAACUCCUGCAUUUAGCACUCUGCCUCGACUCACAUGGCCUCUGUUUGGACUCAUUUUGUGUAAUUUUGACUCGCCUGUGUGUGUGUGUGUGUGUGUGUGUGUGUGUGUGUGUGUGUGUGUGUGUGUGUGUGGCUAUUGACAAAAAUCUUCCACCUCACCUCAUCGCUUAUAUAUGGACAAAAUUCAGUGUAGAUGCAAGCUGAGUGUGAUACACUAAUGGUACUGUAGUAAUACGAAGAACACGACACGUUGGACUGUGGAGGAUUUUCAACAAGCACUAUUUUUUCAUUGUUCCAACGGGUUACUUAGAGAAAUAAACAUAACUG